AACGUAUUUGCUAAUUAAAUGGGCGACAGCGGCUCAUGGAUUUGUUUAUGUUGAUUUGAAAAAUAAAGUGAAGAUUAGGAUAUUGCUAGUUACCAUAUAAUUGUAAAGAAAACAAUUUCAAGAUGCCUAGUGAAAUGAUAACUUUGCAGCUCGGCCAAUGUGGCAAUCAAAUUGGUUUCGAGUUCUGGAAGCAGUUGUGUAUAGAACAUGGGAUUUCUCCGGAGGGAAUCCUUGAGGAAUAUGCGUCGGCAGGGUCUGAUCGAAAAGAUGUAUUCUUCUACCAAGCAGACGAUGAUCAUUACAUACCUCGGGCGGUGCUGCUGGAUCUGGAGCCCCGAGUCAUACACACCAUCAUGAACUCCCCGUAUGCAAAGUUAUACAAUCCUGAGAAUGUGUACCUGUCCAAGCAUGGUGGUGGUGCUGGUAACAACUGGGCUUCUGGGUAUGCCCAAGGCGAGAAGCUCAAUGAAGAAGUCUUUGACAUUAUUAACAGGGAAGCUGACGGUAGUGACAAUUUGGAGGGUUUUGUGUUGUGCCACUCUAUUGCGGGAGGAACAGGCUCUGGCAUGGGCUCAUACAUCCUGGAACAUCUAUCAGACAGGUUCCCUAAGAAACUGGUGCAGACCUACAGUGUCUUCCCUAACUUGGAUGAAAUAAGUGACGUAGUUGUCCAGCCCUACAACUCGCUGCUGACACUGAAGCGGCUGACGGAGAGCGCAGACUGUGUGAUGGUUCUGGACAAUACUGCACUCAACCGCAUCGCCAGUGACCGUCUGCACAUACAGAACCCGUCCUUCGCACAGAUCAACACCCUCGUGUCUACUAUCAUGAGCGCCAGCACCGCUACACUUAGGUAUCCGUCAUACAUGAACAACGAUCUAAUCAGCUUAGUGGCGCCGCUGAUACCGACCCCCCGACUACACUUCCUCAUGACCGGGUAUACGCCGCUCACAGCUGACCACGAACUAAAUACUGCGCCAAAGAUUAGAAAAACUACAGUCCUCGAUGUGAUGCAGAGGCUACUCCAACCAAAGAACAUGAUGGUGUCACUCAGUCCGGAUAGAACGAACCAACACUGUUACAUAUCAAUAUUGAACAUUAUACAGGGCGAGGUGGACCCGUCGCAGGUGCACAAGUCGCUGCAGCGCAUCCGCGAGCGCAAGCUGGCCGCCUUCAUCCCGUGGGGGCCCGCCUCCAUCCAGGUGGCGCUCUCCCGCCGCUCGCCCUACGUGCACGCCUCGCACAAGGUGUCCGGCCUGCUGCUCGCCAACCACACCAACAUCUCUUCCUUGUUCGACAGAUGCCUGCAGCAGUUUGACAAGUUGCGCAAGCGCGAGGCUUUCUUAGAGGUGUUCCGUAAGGAGCCGAUGUUCAAGGAAUCACUGGAAGAGUUCGACGAGUCGCGCGGCGUCGUAGACGACCUCGUGCAGGAGUACCAGGCUGCCGCCACACCAGACUACGUGCAUUGGAAUCCAGAGAGCAGUCAAAUAUAACACUAAUGGAUAAAUGAAGAUGGAAAUAAUAUGUUAACAAGACAGGAUCGGCCGCACUGCAAGGAAUUCCAAAGGAGUGUGUUGAGCGACGUUAGGAUGAUGUACCCUCGGUUGUUAAUUUAAGUUUUUGUUUAACAAGUGCCAUUUAUUAUUGUAUUCUUAAUCUCAUUUUUGUUAACAUUGUUUACUCGAAUAUUAUGUUAUGUCGAUAUAGACGUUACCUAAAACACGCACAGUCUGAAUAAAACAAAUGCUUUUUUACCAAGAA